GCGUUCUUCACGUGACCCGCGUUCUUAACUGACGUAGACCAGAUUGAUUCGUUAAAACAUCCGGUGGCGUUUUUUGAAGUGCGUUUGAGUUUAGUUGACUGUAGCUAUAAGCGCUGUAAAAUCAUUUGUGUAUAUGAUGGGGAGGAGUUCACGCUGAUUCUCCCUAUUUCUGCUUUUCUAACUUUUUUGAGAGGCCAGAUUCUCAACCAAGAUGUGUUCAAUUCCCGGUUUGCCAAACGUUGGAUCCAGUACUACUGUUCAGAUCACAAGAGUCAAUUUAAACCAACAAACUGUCUUAGUAGAAUUUGGAGCGAGUUUAACUUAUGGGCAAGAGACCAGGGAAGCAUAUCAACAACUUAAAAAAGACACUGAAGUCCCUAGGAAGCGGCUUCAUACUUUUGAAGGCAAACCUGGAGAAGUUUGCUUCGUAUAUGAAGACAGAACUUGGCACAGAGCAAGGAUACUUUCAAAGUCUGAACAUGAAUACAAGUUGUUCCUAAUUGACGAUGGUAAAUUGCUCUGGGUCUCAAGCAAAGUUUUGACAAAAUGUCCACGCAACCUUUGCAGUCUACCUCCCAAAGUAGAGCUUUGCAUACUGGCCAGUGUAUCACCUCUGUGCCUUGAAAGUGCAUGGUCUGUGGCUGCUUCAAAGUUCAUCAGAUCUUUGUGUGGGAAAGACAUCUCUGGGUGUGUUCGGGAUGUGAUAAUGCCAUCCAGAAUCAUCAUUCUUGACAUUCCAAGCAUAUCCAAACAAAUGUAUGAACUUGGAUUCGCUAGAAAGAUGCCCAGUGAAGACUUCAAAAGCCUUGUAAUGCAUUCAUUGCAUAUGCCAAGCAGAAACCUUUCCAUACAGACUGACCUUGUGACUACAAAUGGUCCGCAGGAGCAUGCCAGAGACCCUGACAAGUUGCAUCAAUACUUGUAUCCUGAGUUGUUGCCUGGAACAAUUGAGAUCGUAACUGUGACACAAGUUAUUCAUCCAUUGAAAAUCUAUUGCAAAUUGCGUGUCUUUUCACAAGAGCUCAAGAAAUUAAGCGAUCAGCUCCAUGAAUACUAUGAAGACUCUUUCUCUGCUCAGAUGCCAAUGCUGCUGUAUGACGGGUCUCCAUGUGCAACCAAAGGCAGUGAUGGCAAGUGGUAUCGAUCUGUACUUCAGCAGAACAAUGUCUCUGAUGUUGUCAAGGUCUUUCAUGUAGAUUAUGGAAUUGGAGAUUUUGUUAAACUUUGCAAUAUCAGACCUUUAUCUCCAAGGUUUUUCAAAUUGCCAGUUGUCACCUAUGCAUGCUCUCUACAUGGUGUCAUUGACAAAGGCAUUGGAUGGAGGAUGGAACAGAUAGAUUAUCUGAAAUCCGUUGUACUGGAUCAAAUCCUUGUUGGAAAAUUUGAGCAUCACAGUGCUAACGAGGGUGUCUAUUAUAUAACGCUUUAUGGAAAUGACAGUGUAAAUGUGAAUGACACUUUUGGCCACAGAGAGCAGUGUUUGUCAGUGACUGAGAGGAUUUGUGAUGACCAAACUCUCGAGACUCUAAACAAAUUGGCACACAAAUAUAUGUAUGAGAGAAAUGUGCCUGUACGUUCUCUUAAUUCAACCGCUUUAACCGGGGGCUCUGUUUCUCUUGAAGAUGUCACAGUAGCCAAACCUUCCAAAACUGGAAAAAGCCUACAGCCCUCAGAGGGGUGUUGCUCAUUGAAUGUCGCUGCAGCUCCACCUUUUCAGAAUGAAGCAUAUGUUUUUUCACAACCCAAAACUGAAGUGGGCGCAAAGGCGAAUGUCCGAAUAACCUGUGUCCAAAGUGUAAACCAGUUCUAUGGCCAUUUUGCAGAAAAUACUGACACUGUUAUGAAAAUGACCAAAGAUAUCCAACAACUUUGCUGCAAGCCACCACAAGCAAAGUUUUCAAUUUACCCUAAGAUGAUGUGUCUUGCUAAAUACACCGAUGGGCUGUGGCACAGAGGACAAAUUGAAUCGAUGCAUCCGAAAAUACUUGUCCAAUUUGUAGACUAUGGUGACCUGGUGGUUUUGGAUAAAUCUGAUAUUCUGCCACUUCCUCCAAAGGCUAAUGCAAUUGCAUCCAUUCCGAUUCAGGCUGUUCAGUUUGAACUUUUCGAUGUAACAUUACCUGAGCCGUGUGAGCUUAAUGAGUGGUUUAAAAACUAUGCUACAGACUACAUGUUCUCUGUCAUUGUGAAACAGAAUUCUUCAGGCAAACUAUCAGUGGAGAUGUAUGAUGAGAAAACAUACCUGAACUCAAAAAUUAAAGAGCAGUGGAACCAAAAGUCCAAAAGAAGAGGGUCUAACAUCAGCAAAGGAAUGGAAAAGGCUCGUAAUUUCAUCAAGACUUCAGAAGGCAUGGAGUCUAAAGCUGUGAGACACAAUUUCAGCACUACAUCACAAGCAUGUGAGAAGACCUCUAAAAAAGUCCCAAAAGCAGCUGUUCAAGGCACAAGGGAACAAAACUUCCAGACUAGUCACACGACUGGACACAGUAGAGGUAGGCCGAAUCCUUUACAGCAACAAGUGUCGUGUUAUUAUCCAAAGCUCAGCGAUCUUCCCUUGAAAACCUUGGAUGCAGGAUAUGUUUCAGACAUCUAUGUUUCACAUUGUAAUAGUCUAUCAAGUUUCUUUGUACAGUUGGCAAGUGAUGAAGAUGAAAUAUUUUCACUUCUCGACAAACUUAAUUCUGCUCAGUUAAGUGAUGCACAAGUUGAACUAGACCUGUUGCAGUCAGGUGACCUGGUUGUAGCUGAAUAUCCUGCUGAUGGGGCCUGGUAUCGUGCUGUUGUUCAAAACAAGAAAAAUGGCAUGGUUCAAGUGCAGUUUAUUGACUUUGGCAAUGAGGCAACACUCUUGCCCCUUAAAAUAAGGCAACUGGGCAAGCAGUUCCUCAGCACCCCCAUGUUUGGUAUUCAUUGUACACUUGAAGAUGGUAGAAGAGGAAAAAGAGAUUGGACCCAGGAAGAGAUAAUGAAUUUCAAAAAAGCAGCAGUUGAAAAUGGUGAGAAGAAAAUUCGAUGCAAGUUCAUCCGAGGGGACGUAUCUGCUUGGAUUGUCAGUUUAGAUCUCGAGGAAGGGCCUUUGUUUAAUGCUGCUCUCAAACCAGGUGCUCAAACCGAAUCCAAAAUGCACUGCAAUGAAGAUACCCAGCUGUUAGCAUUCAAGGAACCAGGUGUAACUCAAGGACAAAUUGUGGACGCAUAUGCUUCAUCUAUCGUUGGACCAAAUUAUUUCUGGUGCCAGUUCAAAAACUCAGAGGAUCUUGACAAAAUCUCCCUGCUUGCACAAGAAAUUGGAAAUUCUGGUCAAGCAAAACCAAUUCAGCCAGAUCAAUUAUGCCAGGGACCCUGCCUGGCACUCUUUUCUGACCAGCUGUGGUACCGUGCACAGGUUAUCAAUACACAUUCUAAAACGGUCUCUGUUCUUUUUAUAGAUUAUGGAAAUGAGUCUGAAAUUGAUCUGAACUUGGUUAAAUGUAUGCCCACCAAGCUCCUGGAAAGCCCACCACAAGCAUUUCUUUGUCAGUUAGAAGCUUUGGGGUCCGUACAUGGCACUUGGAGCAAUGCUGCAGCUGACAAAUUCUUUGAGCUUCUGGUGGAUGAACCUUUAAAAGUGACUAUUCAGAAUACAGUAAUGUCCUCUGACCUUCCAAACUGUCCUCAGUAUAAUGUACUUGUUGAAUGUAAUGGACUUAUAGUUAACGAUCUUAUGAAAGAUUACUUGUGUGAUCCCAAACCUCAAGUUUGUAGCGAAGUGACAAUGGACGCUAAAACAAAACCCACUUUAGGAAAGGACAGUUUUGGAGUAACGAGCUCUCAAACUGUUCAGAAAGAUAAUGUUCUCAAGCUUAACUCUGGAAAGUUAAAUGGCGGAGCAUCAAAUGAUGUAAACCCUGACCUUCACAGCUUUGACUCUCAGAUUUCACAAAAGAAAUUAGUUGCAGCCGAGACCCAAGAGCAAAGCAUUACAUGCCCAACAUUGACCACAGGAGUUGGAAACACGAUGGUUCCUGAAAUAUCAGUGCAGUGUUUACCUCAAGCUGUAGAUCUUCCUCCACGUAUGAUAGAACCAGGUAAGGUGUCUGAAGUUUAUGUUUCGCACAUCAACAGCCUGACAAGUUUUUUUGUUCAACUGGUAGAAGAUGAGAAUACAUUAUUCUCCCUCACCGAGCUACUUAAUUCCCAUCAGCCAUCAGAGAAAGAUGAAAUUCAUGCAUCCAGUGUUCAACAGGGAAGUUUGGUGAAGGCCAUGUUUCCUGAAGAUGAUUCCUGGUAUCGUGCUGUCAUAAAGGACACGAACAAAAAUGACACGAUCCAGGUAGAAUUCAUAGAUUUCGGUAAUGAGGCAACUGUUCCUCUCCUUAAAAUGCGCAGACUUGAUGAGCAGCUACUAUCUUACCCGAGGUUCAGCAUUCACUGCAGCUGCAGUCUAGAUGAUCGAUUCAAGAUGCAGAAGGGAAUGAAGGAGCAGACAUUUCUCUUUAAAACAAUAUUCGGUGAAUCUGGUGAGAAAAAACUGUCUUGCAAGUUUAUCAAAGAAGAUUGCAUCACUUGGGAAGUUAAAAUGACUCCCAGUGGCAUCACAUCAGAUUCAAGUGAGAAAUGGGAUGGUUUAGACUUAAAUGCAUCACAGGUAGUGUCUGAAACUGUGAAGGAGACAUUCCAGCUACUCUUCAAGAAUUCAGAUGUCUCUUUGGGACAGACAGUAGAAGCCUUUGCAUCAUGCAUUGUUGGACCAGAUUACUUCUGGUGCCAUUUUUCGAACUCUGAAAUACUCGAUCAAAUCACCCUUGUUGCCCAAGAAUAUGGAAACUCUAGUGAGACACAGCCAAUUAAGCUGGAUACUUUGGAUCCUGGAAGCCCGUGCCUGGCUCGUUUCUGUGACGAUCAGAUGUGGUAUCGUGCGCAGGUUAUUGAUAAAUGCACAAACACUGUAUCUGUCCUUUUUGUUGACUUCGGAAACGAGUCUGAAACCAGUGAAGGCUCUGUUAAGGCACUGCCUUGUGACUUGCUGGAUAGUCCACCUCAAGCUUUUUUGUGUCGGUUGGAAGGGUUUGAUCCUUCCAAGGGAUCUUGGGACAGUGCAGCUACUGAUAAUUUCUAUGAGCUCUUAGUGGAUAAACCUCUGAAAGUGACCGUGCAGUGCAUUGACAGUACAACUGAUCCUAACAGCCCUCCGUAUUAUGUUAAAGUUGAGUCUCCACAAUAUCUUGUAAAUGAGCUCAUGACAAAAUUUUGGAGCGGUUCUGCACAAAAUGAUCAGAACUCUUCUGAGGUGAUUGAAUCCUGUGAAAAAUCCAUUGCAUCAACAUCUGAUCGAAUUGUUUCAGAGGAUAAAGCAAGUGUGAGCCUUGCAGUCUCUACAGAGGAUAUGCACGCAAUUGAAUCUCAUGGUGCAGAACAACAUGGAGCUAAUCAGAUUGAACCAUUAGAAGUAAAAGGUGACUUGCAUGGUUUACCUGAAAACAAGGUGGAUGAUCAGCUUGAUGCGAUUGCUGCUGAUGAUCCUACAGGGAUUCAUUCAGAUUUAGAAAUCCAUGAAGUCUGUCAUGAAUCUGAUGAUGGAGUUCCUGUUGUGUCAGCUGAGCAAAUGCUGCUGGAAAGUAGAAAAUAUGGAGCAUCUGAAAAAGAGGACAACCCGACAACGGCAAGCAGAAGUACAGAUUGGGUAGCUGGUUUAGAAAAUCCAAUGUUACCCAUGGGUUGCACUGGAGAUUCAUGUGACUCUGUUAAGUGCAUCUUCAAAUGAACAGAAUUUUAAACUUUAUUUAUUGUGAAAAGGUAUCAUUUGUUUUUCAUGCGGAACAUGAAUGUAAACUGACAAAUAUUUGUUUCAAACAGACUCAGCCUUUGAAAGAUGAGAGAUUUUAUUUGCCGUGUUGCUUGUCAUGUUUCUUGUCAUUUUAAAAGCUUGUCUGAUUGCAUUGUUUGGUUUUUGUUGAUACCCCAGUUUAUCUUUGUAGAUGGUACGGUAAUAUUUGUAAUUCUUUUUUUUUUUUUCAACACUGUUUAUACAGGAGUAAUUGUAAA